UCCUCUUCUUCUUCUGGUAAAAAGUUAGGUUAGAAAUUUUAACCUCCAACCUGUCAUAACUUUAAAACCUUGAAAAAGCCUAUAAUUUAUAUAAAAAUAUGUCCACAAGAUGGUAUCCAAUAUAUCAAAAAGGAGGGCCUCAAUUAAGGGUAUUUCUGCCAAAUUUCUGGCUAAAACUGAUAAAACCGACUACAGAGCAGCCUGCUAAUAUUGUGCAAUUCUCGUGUUCAAUGCAAAUGACAAAAUUCGAUAUUAAAAAUUAUUUGGAGAAAAUCUACAAUGUUAAUGUAGUGGAUGUUCGGACAAGAAUAGCCAUGGGUAAAACUAAGCCUGAUCCUGGUAAAGGAUAUAUUGUUAAGGAGGAAGAUGAGAAAAUAGCUUAUAUUACACUGCCAAAAGGAGAAGUAUUUAAAUUUCCUGAUUUGUUUGCCAAUGAAAUGAAGCCUGAAGAGGAAAGAGAUAAGGCACUUAAAGAGGCUAAAGAAGGACACAACAAAUUUUUGGAGAAAAAUAAAAAUAGACCUAGUUUGCCUGGAUGGUUCAAUAUUUAGAUUUUUAUUUUAGUAUUAUUGUAAAUAGGUAGUUUUUGUUAAUUAAAAUAAACCAUAAAUAUAAAAAAAAUGAUUUUUAAUGUUGUUUAAUCAACUCUGG